AUGUCUCUAGUUGAUAGACAAUAUCCAAAUAAUUUUAAACCUCUAUCACUAGACAAUCAAGCAAGAGGCUCGGAUAAAGAUAUUGUUGCAGAAACAAAAAUACAUAUCCAGGCUCAGUUUAAAGAACGACCUGGCUUCAUCGUAGAUAAGCCUAAACCAGGAUUUGGCAAUACAAAUGAUGAUAAUGAUGGAAAUGUAAUGAAUGACCAAUCUAGUGAUAGUUCCUCUCCAUUGGGAUGGCCUCUGUGUCUGGGAAGUUCCGGAAUAGUAAUACAUCUUUCCCAUUUGGAUCCAUCUCUGCUACGGAACCGUGAAUGUUAUCUAUGUGUUCGGACACGCAGUUUGCCAGGACUUGAGGUAGCUUUGAUUUGGAAGCUGCAACAUCAACUUUACUGGCGCACCAUAGCGGAGUUCCAGAAUCCGCUCCACUCCAUAGAUGACAUCAUGUGUUCGAGUCUGCGGUCAGUGGCGGACCUAGAGGUCGGUUCGGCCGACGACUGUGACAAUAUCGAACUGCCCGAGCUUCUGCAGAACCUCCUGGUAUCAGUGGAACAUGCCAUUGAAAGGGUGCCUUUAGACGACCUCAUCUUUCCUUGUCCUCAGUGUCUUCAAUAUCUACCUCUAGAAAGACAGGAAGACGAAUAG